GCAGUCACCGGCUGCACCACGUCUUGGAGGCGCAGUUCUGUGUGUUACCUCAUAUACACGAAUACUGACGCGAGUGUGAACACGUUUAGAUUCCCCGGGUCAUGAUCCUGGAAAAUUAGAGGAAUCAACCAGACAAUGAUAGACUACAUGAAUUUAUAAUUGAAUUGAGUUGGAUUGACUUUGGAAUUGUUGAAUUUCAUCCUGGAAGCUUUCGACUAUUGCUGAAUUGGGGGUGAAUGGAAGUGAUAAUAUAUUCUGAUAUUACGAAAGUGUAAUUUCGAAGUUUUGUGACGAGCGUGAUGAUGCGAUGAAUAAUAUCCUUUAGAAUCGACAGUGCACUCGAAUUAAUUGAUAUAUAAACAUUUUUUUUGGAUACUGUAAGAAAGACUAAGUGGAUGGACUUAAAAUAUUAAAAAAUAUAUACGAUAUUCCGAUAGAAAUGUGAAUUAUUAUCUAAAAUAUAGAGGGGUCUCAUAAAUUUUAUUAGCUUUCUCAGAGAAUUUAAAUUUGGAUCGAUCGUGGAUCUUAAUGCACUGCCUUAAAAAAAAAAAGAUUCAGAUUAUUUCCUGUCGUAUAUCGUGCUCAUCAAAAAUUAUUACUUGUAUAAAAUUUUUGAUAAAUAUCGAAGAUAAAUAAAAUCGAAUAUAUAUAGAAGAUUUUCCGCUAAUAAUGUGACAAAGUCCAAGAUAAAAGCCCGCUAUGCGAAAGAACGAGUGUCUUCUUCUGGAAAUAAGAAAAAUCUGUCUAAAACUGAUAAUGAUCUCGAAACUUGACAGAUAGAAUAUAGUUCAUGGUGACUUAUUAUUAGUGCGGGUAAUGUGUCAACGAAUUUUUUUCGAAUUCUGACGCCUUUGACUUCUUGGUUGACUCAAAAAUAAACUGCGAGUAAUUAGUGUGAAGUAAUUACUUAUCAUAGCUGAUAAAAUAUUUCAUGGAUAUUUGUUCCGACAAAGAUCGCGAUUAAAACAAAUUUCGAGCAAUAUGAAACUAUCCUGAUCAUAAAUCGCCGAGAAUUUCCGAGUUUAACAAUUAAUGUAGCCGGCAAAUAUAUAUAUCUUUUUUUUUACAAAAGAAGAAAUUAAUUAGCGAGGUCCACAGAAAAGAGGAAAAGAGUGAAAAGUGAUACGUGUCGUACUCUAUUAAAUUAUACAUAGUGCCGAAGAGAAAACUGUAUAGAAUCAUAUGUUUGUCUUGCUACGAACAUUUCCGGGCCAAAUAAAUUUCCAUAAGGCGAGGAUGCCAAGCGCUGACUGAUAACACAUGCCGCGGUGAUAGCUCUCGGUGGGAGAGAAUGUUCCACGGGGGCGGAAGUGGCGGGUACGGCGCAAGUUCCGAUUACCAGCAGUCCCAGCAGCAGCAGCAGCAACAGCACAGCCAGCAGCUCCAGGCACCCGUUUACGUCCCCUCGUCGAGGCCGGCGAUCCCGUCCACGGCGGCGCAGUAUCAUUCCUUCCCCACCUCGCCCUCGCCUGCAUGGGAGAAGACGGCGUCCUGGCAGCACGGAGUGGAGACAUACGCGGCGCAUCACGCGCUCGCCGGUCACGCGAGCGGAACCGCAUCGGCGAUGGGUCCGCACGCCGGUCCGGGUCAUCCGCAUGCGGGACACCCGCACGCGGCGCAUCCGCACUCGACCCUCGCCGCAGCUGCACCCUUCUACGCGCAAAAUGUCGCGAUGAUGUCCUCGUGGCGCGCCUACGACGGCGCCGGCUUCCAACGCGCCUCGCCUUAUGACACCGCGAUGGAUUUUCAAUUCGGUGAGGGUCGCGAGUGCGUGAAUUGCGGCGCGAUAUCGACGCCGCUCUGGCGAAGGGACGGCACUGGCCAUUAUCUCUGCAACGCAUGCGGACUUUAUCACAAGAUGAACGGCAUGAACAGGCCGCUCAUCAAGCCCUCGAAACGCCUGAUGUCGGAAUUUCAGACCGCGACGAGGCGACUCGGGCUGUGCUGCACGAACUGCGGCACCCGCACUACGACGUUGUGGAGGCGCAACAACGAGGGCGAGCCGGUGUGCAACGCUUGCGGGUUGUACUUCAAAUUGCACGGGGUGAAUAGGCCGCUGGCGAUGCGAAAGGACGGUAUACAGACGAGGAAGAGGAAGCCGAAGAAGACCCCAGAGCCGAAUGCCAGAUCUUCUACGGGGGAUCACGAAACCACCACCUCGACUACAUCCUCUCCUUCCACAGACUUAAAGAGCAAUCAGCAACAGCAGCAGCAGCAGCAACAACAACAUCAGAUCGAUGCGUCAAAGUCGUCGGGCUCGUCGACAUCGACCGACAGACCUGUUUAUCUUGGGCAUACAUCUCUUCUCGCCACCGGAAGUGUACCUGCUGUGAAAACGGAACCGCGAAGCUGCGACGGCGUCGUUGGCCAGCCGUAUUCGUCUUACUAUCAGCAUCCGCAUCAACUCGCCGCCACGAGCGAGCAUCAGCAGCAGAGCUAUUACGCCACCCAGGAAACGCCCUAUCAUCAUCAGCAUCACGUCACCACUGCGGCGAAAUUACUCGCGUCCUCGUAAUUGUUUAGCGAUCAAAAUCUACUUCCUAGAAUCGCCUCGACAAGUGAAUUCGAACGCAUUGAGCAACGAAGAGACUUUUCCGCAACACGGAUUAGCCAAGUAUUCGCUGAGAAGCUUACAUCACGAAAUAGUGAAUCUAAGAUUGAAGAUUGAUCUGACUUGAAUUAAUCUAUUGGAACGAUUAGGACAAAUGGAAGGAUUCUUCUACGAUACGCAGGACUAGUCAAUGACGGACGCGCAAUUGUUUCAAAAAUUAGAAAAAUCAGUGAUAGCAUUUUUUUGAAACAUUAUAAAUCCAGGAGGAGAAUAUAUUAUUCCUCGAAAAGAUAUAAACAUAUAUAAAACUUUUCGAGAGAAUGAUUACAUCAUACACAGAAAGCUACGCGGACGCUUUGAUGUUUUGAUGAAACGAUUCGAGGAGAGAUAAAAUAUCAAUGUGUCUUAAAGAUUUCGAUUUUAAGCGUGUCAUUAACAGAUAUGAUGUCCUAAUCAGGAGGAGAAUUUGAUCUCUAGUCAAUGACAGGGAUUAUAAAAGAAUUAUUUGAAGGACGACGAUAUUAAAAAUCACUCCACGCUAGUUUAACUAUAAAAUGCUAAUACGAGACGCAGCACAUUUCCAUAUUUAACUACGCGCUUCUUGCGUUCGUUCGCAAUAUCCGAUACAUGUGUAAAUAGCUGAGUUAUAAUAAAAUAAUAUAAUUAGUGCGAGAGAGUGCUUCCUGAUUUGACAAAAGCGUAAAGAUAUACGACUAUUUUUCAGUUUCCUAAUCGAACAGUAGUAUAUCUCGAUUUAUAUAUUGACGAUUAUAGACGAAAAAGAUGUUUAAAUGUCGAAAUAGUUUCUUUAACUUACUUACACCCAUUAUCCAGCACAGUUCCCUCUUCGUUACACAACAAAUGCGCGCUGCACGCACUAUUCAGAGAGUACUUAAUUGUAAAUAAUCCUCAUGGUAAACUCUAUCGCAAUGUUAGAAAUAGAUAUUUUUUCUCGGCAACUCUUUAUCGUUUUAUUUAAUACUAAAAUGAAACUGAAUCAGAAUAGCUGCUUAUAAUAUCUUUCCAUUUUUGACAAAAAUAUAUCAUCCUGUUUAAAUUAUUUUCCUUGAAUAUUCAAAAGAUAUAUUAUUCACCUUAUCUAUCGACAAGCAUGAUAAACAUUGAAUUAUAAAGUCAUAAGAAAUAAGCGAAACAGAGGCAAAAUCGAUUUUUCGAGGUUCAAUAAUGUUAUGAGACUUGUAAUAAUAAUCCUUGCACAAAUACAAUAACGAUUCACUUUGAAGAAUAAAAAUAAGAAGCCUGAUGAGCCAUUCUUAUAAUUUAUUGACUUGUAGCCCGAAGGGCUGCCACGGUUUCCUCAAGCAUACGUUUAGUUAAUCAAGAGAAUGUGAAUCUUUGUGUAUAGUUCCUCUAUAACUUACUUUUGCGAUGCGCAAUAAAUAAUUUUAUCCACUUAAGACGAGGAAAGUUGCGUUUCCUUCCGAACUGGGGAAAGAGAAAACCUAUUUGAAAUAAACUCGCGAAAAGUUAAUGAAAAAUAUAAAUCACAAUCAUGUUAUACUUGUACAGUUGUGAUUAAAAUUUCCGCAAAUUGUUCACACACAUGAACUUUUGACAAUGAACUAUGGACAAAUAAAUUAUUGAAGCAAUAUGACAGUGCUAUAAAUACAUAAUACGCAAUUGAUGGUGAUAUUUCUUCGAAGGCAAACGAGGACACUCAAUUAUUUAUACGUAUCCGAAAGUUAGAAGCAUAACUUUAAACGACUUUGUACAAUAACGCACGUAAUAUUAUUUGUAAAAUCCGAUGCGUUUCUGACAUAUCUUUUUAAUUGUAUUGCUGAUAA